AUGGCAGAUUUAUCAUCUUAUUCAAUUAUGAGUACAACUAUUCCAUCAAAAUCAUCAAAUCAACCUAAUUAUCAUAUAAAUAAACAAAAGGUUUUACUUCCUCCACUUUCUUUAACUAAUUUAUCUUUUAAAAGUUAUAAUAGUAAUUCAAAUAAUAAUAUAAUAUUACCUCCAUUAAAUUUCAGUAGUAAUGAUAAUGAGUAUUUUUUCAAUAGAUCAAUUAUGUCGCAUAAAUCAAAUUCAUUUUCAUCCUUUUCAUCGAGUUCAAGUUCAAAUUCAAGUUCGAGUUCUGGUUCUAGUUCAUGUUCUAGUUCUUCAUAUAUAUCAGCUACUUCAUCUGUAUCUCCUACCUUAUCAUCUUCAUCAACUGUUACUACUAUACCUUCUUAUCAACAAUUAACAGAAUCUAAUUUAUCAAGAUUUGACAAUUCUAAACAUUCUAAUGGCUUAGGUUUAUUAUCAACAGCUAUACUAUAUGAUCAACAGGACAAAUCAACAAUACAAUCUGUUCCAUCUUCAUUAAUUUCUGCUUCUUCGUCUGUUACAUCAAUUUCAACUCCAAAUACACCCGAAAUUACUCAUGAUGAGAUACAGAAAAUUGCUGCUACUACUACUACUACUACCAAUACUACUACUACCAAUACUACUACUACCAAUACUACUACUACUACUCCUCCAAAUACAACUUCCAAAAGAAGACAAAGAUUAGGACCAUCUUGUGAUGCUUGUAGAAUUCGUAAGGUUAAAUGUAAUGCUGAUAUCUCCAUAAUAUCGAAAGAUUUAAAUCAUGUUAUAAAUUUAUUUAAUUUGACAUUUCAUCAACAAAAUAUAUUAAUUAAUGAAGAUUGUUUACAAUUUCCUGAUUAUUUCAUCAUAUUUCAUAAUGACAAAUUUAUAAAAUUUAAAUCUUGCAAUUCAUGUGAUUCAAAAAAUUUAAAAUGUAAUUUCUCAAAAGGUUUUACAAGAGAAGAUAUUAUGAAUAAUAAACGAAAUACAAAUCAUCAAUCAAUGACUGAGAGUAGUAGUAGUGGUUGUAGUAGUACUAGCAGUAGUACUAGUAGUACUAGUGGAAUUUCAAAAAAACUAGUAAGGAAGAAAAUAAAUGACAAGAAAGAAAUACUAGAUUCUUUUCGCAAAUCAAGCUGUUCAACUUGUAGGAAAAGGAAGAUAAAGUGUAUUUUUAAUUCUUCAAUUAACAAAUGUGAAGCAUGUAAUAAAAAAAAUAAUGAUUGUAUUUAUGAAAAAAAAUAGAAAUAGAGAUGUCUGGUUAAGUAAAAGAGCUGAUGUAAAAGAGAGCUGAUCAAGUUAAGCUUCAAUGAGUUUAAUUUUCAUCGGUUUGUUGUUUUAUAUUACUUUUUUGUGUCAAAAAUAUACAUUAUUAAUGUACCCUCUUUGCUUUUAAGACUAUUUUGAAUUAAUCGGUUGCAUUUUGCUCUGGUCUCUAGCUCGUCUGGAAACCAAUUUAUUGAUGUAACGUAAAGUCUAAUUUUUUUAUCUUCCCCAUAUGAAUGAGAUAUCCCGCAUUUUGUGCAUAAUGUUUUGUUUUUCCUUCAACUUAUUACUUAAAUUCAACUCUUUGUAUUUGUACUGAAUCAAAACAAUUGUACUAGAUUUUCCACGCACAUCUCAAGUUAGGACUCAAGAUGAUGCCUGAAAUUAUAAGCGAAUUAAGCCUACGAAGCACUGGUUUCUGGUUUCUGGUUUCCGGUUUCUAUAGUAGUGUAAAAGUUUAACAAAUCUCAGAUAAUCAUUCAAAACAGUCCAAUCCUGAAUAAAUCUUGUAUUUGAUUUCGCAAUGACCAUAAUGAAUUUAAAGACUGUAUUAAAAAUCUUUUGAGUUAAAAAUGUUUUACAUCAUCUUUUAAAUUGCAUUCUAUAGAGCGUAUGUAAUCAUCAAUAGUGUCCAAAAUUAAUGCAAUAUCGUUAGCCGGAGCCAAAUAAUAGUAUUGACUGACUCAAAUUAUCAAUUUCGGAUCAAUUAAUAUUGGGUCAUACGAUAAUGAUGUAAAUAACUUAUUUUCAUACUCUGAAGCUUUUUCUCCAAAUCUUGUUUUAAUUUGGGUUACUUUGACCAAUUAACUUUUUGGUAGUUGUAUCAUUGUACUCGAGCUAAUUUAAAAAAAAAUUUGGUUUAAAAUUAGAUGUGAUUAUUGCGUUUUGAUUAAGAAAUGUACUGAAGCUGAGUAAUCGUUUCCUUAUGUAGUUGUUGAUUAUUAUCUGUCGGGUUAACAAUUUGUUAAACAUCGUAUUGUCAUCUUCAUGAAUUACUAUACUAAAUUUUGUUUCGUAUUUUAUUUUUUUUUUUUGCGUCUAAAUUUCGAAUGGCACAAGUAUUAUGGAAUUCAGAUAUAAAUGUAUACGAUAAAGAUAUAAUACCAUUACUGAUAGCUAAAACAAUUGCUGCUUAUUUAUCAAUACAAGAUUUAUUAACUUUUUCAUUGGUGUCUCGAAAUAGUCACAAAGCCAUUAAUGAUCCAAAGAUAUGGGUUUCAAUGUUAAAAACUAUGGAAGUUUGGCAACAUGCUAUUCCAAUAACAAAAGAUGAUUUAAAGAAAAAUAAUUCAAAAAUUGAAUAUUUGGAAAAUCCUUUAACUUGCUUAGAUUUUGUUUAUAAAUCUUCAAAAAAUGCCAAAUAUCAAAUUUUAAAAAUUCAUAAAAAUUUAUAUCCAUAUUAUAGUGAUUUAUUAGUAAAUAAAAGUUAUAAUAAAUUAAAAAUAUUCAAAGAUUUUCAAACACCUGAAGAUCAGGCUAAAAUUUUAAAUAAUUUAUUGAUUUAUAAUAGAAUUGAUUAUGUUCAAGAAUCGAGAAUUAUAGCUCAUGAUAAAAUUUGUGAAUUAAUUGAAAUAUUUGAAAAUGCAUUAUUAAGAGAGUUGGAAAUUCAUUUUGAUAUUGAAGAUUAUGAAAAGACAAGAAAAUUUGUUUUAAUUCUAGUAUCAUUAAAAAAUCAACAAACUUUAAUUGAUUUUUUUUUACAAAAAAGUAUAUUUGAUGAAGAUAAAGAUUUGUUUAACAAUUUUCAAGGUGACUCGUAUUUUAAAAGUGAUGGUUUGAAUCUCGAUGCAUUUGAUCAACUAAUAAACGACAUUGCUGAGGUUUUUAAUGAACAAUCAACUAUUAUUGAUCUUAUUUUUCCUCAGUCAAUUCCAAUGAUGUAUAAAGUUUGUGAGGAGUUAAUAUCGAAUCGAUUGAAUGAAUUGUUAAUGUUGCUCAUUGAAUCAUCUAAAAAGAUUAAUUUAUACGUUAUUGUAAUACCAUUUAUGUAUGAAAAGUUAGUAACAGUUUUUAUCAAUCGAUUAAAGCCAUCAAUCAAUUUAGGAAGUAAUUACCAACAUUUAGUCAAUGAAUUAAUAGAUAUGCUGUUUGAAUCCUUUGCUGCCGAAUAUAUUCUUGAAGAAGUAUCUACUUUUAAAAUUCAUACAAAGGAGAAAUUAAUAGGAUGGAAAAAUUCCAUCUCCAAAAGAGAGCAAGAAACAACCGCCAAAAUUUUGGAUCAAGUUAAGGUUGAAUCGAAAAAGGAUUUUUUGACAAGUUUUAAAAAUGUAUUUUCAAAUAAAGUUGAACUGCGAGAUGAUAAAUUUUCUGAAAUUCAAGCAAAAGCAAAAAUCUUAUCUGAAAAUAUAAAGACUCUUGAUAAAAUCUUUAGUCCGGAGUUAAUUGUUGAAAGUUUGAAUGAUGCAAAGCUAUCUUUGAAUAGGCUACUAAAAUUUAAAAAUUAUACAAUUGCAUCCUUGAGAAAUGAUAUAUCACAAAGCGUUCAAGAUAUUUUUGUUGAGGUUAUGGAUAUUAUAGGGUUGGAACAUCUAAGACCAGGUUUUGAAAAAGCAUUAACUUAUCUACAAACAUACAAUCCCAAUUCUCAUACAUAUUCAACCUCACAUAAUGAAUCAUUUGCAGAACCACUAGUAUUAUUUUUUGAUUUAAUUAAUAUGGCUGAUAUUAUUAUUCAAAUGAUUGAUUUCUUUUAUAAAGAAGAAUUACUAAAUACACAAAUUAUUAAAUAUGAAAACUCAAUUUUGAAUCCAUCUUUGCAAACUAAAAAGAAAUUAGAAGGUCUUGUCGAUCGAUAUGUUGCUGAUGGUUUGAAUAUAGGUAUUGAAAUUUUAGUCGAUCAACUUGAAUCUGUUUAUAAAGAAAAUUUGUUAGAUGCCGAUUAUAAUCCAACUGAAGCUACAAUUUUUGGAACUACUAAAGCAGCAAAUAAAGCUGUAAAAAUUCUUGAAGAGAAUAUGAAUUUAUUGGUUGACAAUGCUGAAAAAUCGGUAGUUGAUGUUUUUCAGCAAGAAAUUGCUGAACGAUUUUUUCAAAUUGUAGUGAAAAUUUUAAAAAAGCAAACUAUUUCGGUGAAUGGUGCUCCAAAUUUGAUAUCCGAUCUAAAUUUGUAUUUUGAAUUUAUCAGUUCCAAUAUCAAAACUAAUAAGAAAUUGGUGUUACCUUUAUAUCAAGCAUUGAAAAAAGUCGGUAAUAUUUAUUUAAUUAGUGGCGACGAUUCGAAAGCAAUUGGAAAAUUAGUUAGUGAUUUAAGUAAAUUCAACGGUAUAUUUACACAAGAAGAAAUUUAUGAAUUUGUUCAAAGAAGAGAAGAUUGGCCACUAAUUAAACGACAUGUUGAAAAAGUUAUGUAUGGUUUUGGUCUUGGUGAUUGUAAGGUAAUGUAG